CGGGCACUUGCGUGCCAGUGACUUGCUUUUGCGCCGCACGGAGCGAAUUCGCUCGCCGAGGCGGGUUACAGUCGCUGGCUGUGCCGCAGAAGGGCGAUUAGUUUGUGAGGCGCCGUUGGUUUGUUAGUGAGCUCGCCAGUUCGGCGUCCGGAACCGCUCCAGAGUAGACGGGAUACCGCGCAUAACCUUUAAGGCGUUAGCCAACUAGUUAUUCACACUUUACACCGCCGCGCUGCUGCUUUUUCUUGUACUUCGUAGCUCCCAUUUUAUGCUAGUUAUUUGUUUAGAGUCAAGCUGUGCAUCAACAUUUAAAAGUAAUAUGGAAUUUAACCUGGAUCACAUGGGUUAAGUACAGUCGUUUUGAUAGUUGUUUAAGUUGGUUUGUCAGGUUAGCUAACAUAUAUCGUGGCAGCAGGCCUCUUUUUACCCUGUAAGAUGUUUGGUAUUUUUAAGAGGUUCCGUUUAUCGAUGGCGAUGGUAUCAGUGGCCGGGAUAAAGAUGCAUCUAAAUCACUUUUGGUGGGAUUUGCAUGUGUGCAGUCUUUUUUAGAACACAUGUAUGCAUAAUUGUAUAUUUUUCAGGUUUAUCUUUUGGGUCUGCAACACACGUGUUACUUGUCAUAACGUCGUCUUCUGUUAUGCUGUUUUUUUUUUAAACUUGUCUUAGCUGUUAUUAUUGGCGGUCAAAGUUUUUCAGUCAACUCUUUCUAUGCAUGUACCCAAAGGUUAUGGAUUUUUUUAUUAGUACCUGUCGUCAUGCUUCAUAUCGGAAAUAAUGUAAAUAAAUAAAUGUGCUUGAAUUUUAGUAUUGCUAGAUGUGAACAGAGGUGGGUCACCUUUGUUUUGUACAUGCUGCUCUGAUGAUGUCAGAUGUACUUACGCAAGAUCAUGUUAUGUAAAACGCUAUAAUACAGUUACUGGAGCAAUAUUGAAUAGAAUUGUCAAAGUAUCAUGUUAUUGAUUUAAACGGAAUUCUGAACGAUACAUUUCGAAGGAUACAUUUAUUGCUCAUUAUGUGCAAUAACAAGACAUAAUGUGAACCCCGACAGCAUAAUCACCUUAACUAUCUCAGGAAUGGUGCCCUACUUGCAAGGUAUAAAUACUAAAGCUUCAGGAAGGACUCAUGAUCUCACUGCCAGUGGUUUUACCAUUUCCUCCUCAUCCACCAGUGACAGCAGCACUGACAGUAUGAUGAUGGAGGGGGUGCAGCAGAGCAGCACCAAUGGCAACGAUUCCCAGACCAUCACCAUCCCCACCACCAUCAGCGCCUCCCAGAUCUCCCAUAUUGCACAGCAGAUGUCCCUUGGCGGUUCCCCGGUGACUGUGGUGCAGCUCCCUGGGGGUCAGUUCCAGGUCCAAGGGGUGAUCCAGUCUGCCCAGUCAUCCGUCAUCCAGGCCCCUCAGGUACAAGCUAGCCAGGGUCAGUCGGAUAGCGAUGACUCCCAGGAGUCCUCAGACAGUGCCGCUUCAUCUCACAAGUCCCGAGAGCUCUUAGCCAGGCGCCCCUCCUACAGGAAGAUUCUGAAUGACCUCUCAUCGGAGGAGGUGGCAUCUCGAAACGAGGGGGAGGAGGACAGUGCUGCAUCCACAGCCAUGACCACUGUGACUGUCCCCACUCCAAUCUACCAGACCAGCACGGGCCAGUACAUUGCGAUCGCACCUAAUGGCACCAUCCAGCUGACCAGUCCAGGUGGAGAAGGCAUGCAGGGUCUGCAGACGCUCACCAUGACCAACUCGGGUUCGGCACAGCCAGGCGCUACAAUCUUGCAGUAUGCACAGACUCCAGACGGCCAGCAGAUUCUGGUGCCCAGCAACCAGGUGGUGGUGCAGAGUGCCGGAGGAGAGGUUCAGACCUACCAGAUCCGCACGGCACCCACCACCAGCUCCAUCCCCCAGACGGUGGUCAUGACUUCCCCCAUGAGCAUCUCCUCCCAGAGCACCAAGACGGACGACCCCCAGAUGAAGCGAGAGAUCCGACUGGCCAAGAACAGGGAGGCAGCACGUGAGUGUCGGCGAAAGAAAAAGGAGUAUGUGAAGUGUCUGGAGAAUCGUGUGGCCGUGUUGGAGAACCAAAACAAGACGCUGAUUGAGGAGCUCAAGACAUUAAAGGACCUUUACUGCGUCAAGACAGGGUAAUGGGGCUCUGAUGGCUCGCCACGGACAGCAGGAGCGGGGGCACGCCCUUCUGCUGCCCCCACCCUCCAUGGCUAUCAUUUUAUCUUUGUUUUAAGGAGUCUUUGUGAGCAGCAGAAUGACCAGGGGGGAAAAAAACUUCAGAAUUGGAGGCGAAUUUACCAAAUCGACAUAUUGGAUUUUUUUUUUUUUUUUUGCACAUGAAAUCUGGAAUUGUGAACUUUAAGCGUUACAUUUAAUUUUCCUAUAUAAGUUAGAUUUUCAUAUCUUUUUUUUUUAAUGUAGCAAUAGAAAUCUGCUGUUCCGUUAUCCGAAAGUGCAGCAGUAUUGUGAGUGUAUCAUGACUGUAAAUCAUGUGAUUCAUGUUUCUCUUUUGUGUAAGUCAGCAUUUUUUCAUGUUAUCCCCCAUUUUGUGAGGAGAAUGUUACAGGUUCUCCAUUCCAAACUCUGAUUUUCUGCAAAACGUAAAGGGUUAAUUAGUGGUGUGGCGAGCCAAGCUGUUACAGAGACAAUCAAUCAGGGAACAUGAGUAUGUUUUGCUAUCUGGGUGACAUUCAUUUGAAUCAGGCUUAAGAAAUGUCACUCAUUUGGUACAUGAAUCUUAAUAAAGUAAAAUAUUUUUCCAGUCUUUUGAUUUGUCCUAGUAUUUUAAGAUUUGCUGAGAGCGGCAGGAACUGAAGAAAUCGGACAAGCUCCUAAUACAUCUUCAGACCAAGUGCACGGGCUUUUCCUGGACCUGCUGUAGAGCAGAGUUUGGCAUCAGUGUGUGGUUCUUACAGGAGGAACGGAGCAUGAGUCUGAUGUGAUGAACAGUUUGGGCUGCUGGGUCAGUGCACAUGUGUUCGGCGUCUGAGACUCUGGACUCCAUUCUGCUCUAUAGCAACGGGAUUUUUUUAUAGCCACGGCGGAAAACGGAGCUAAUGCCGUUUUUAUGUAUUGAUGGCCAGAGACAUGGGCUCAGUUUGUUUGGUGUUGGAUUAAAUAGUGUUGAUCUAGGGCAUGUUUCAGGGCAGCUUUGGCGUAAAUGAUGUUUCAUUUUGUUCUUAUGGAGAUAAUGGGAGAUGUUCAUGUCUGUGCUGUAGAAGCUGGGAUAUGAAAACAUCUGUGAUAGCAAGGUUAAAGAAAUGCUGUUAUCAGUGUUUAUAUUCUUUAAAGGAAUAGGAUUGAUUACUUUGAAUGAAUGAUAAUUAAUAUCUAGAUGCUGUAAAAUGCUUUUAUAAAAUAAAAUUGACUUACGUUUGAUUUAA